ACCGGCAGUCCCCCUCUUUGCUGACUCAGUGCCUUACCAGCAGUCCCUUCACACCGAGAUACCGCAUCCAGCAACCGACGCACUCUCCUCCGGUCGACUCGCCCAAGGCACCACCAACCUACAGAAAUGGCUAAGACUGCAAUCGCUUACAAAGAGAAGAUGAAGGAGAUCUCAGUCUUCUCACUCAUCUGCUCCUGUCUGUACCCCGAGACUCGCAAAAACCUCAUGGGGGAUUUUGAAGACUUGGACAUCAAGCCCAUUAACAAGCGGGCCUCAGGCCAGUCCUUUGAGAUCAUCCUGAAGCCGACCUCCCCCGUGUCUGAGAAUGCCCACUGCAUCACCACACCCCCAAAGAGGGACAUAUCCCUGGAGGACAUCCAGAAGAAACUGGAGGCAGCUGAGGAUCGGAGGAAAUCCCAGGAGGCGCAGGUCCUGCAGGCCUUGGCUGAGAAGCGUGAACACGAGCGCGACGUGCUGAUGAAGGCCAUGGAGGAGAACAGCAACUUCAGCCGCAUGGCCGAAGAGAAGCUCCAGGUGAAGAUGGAGCAAAUCGAGGAGAACCGGCAGGCUUACAUGGCUGCCAUAAUGGAUCGCCUGCAGGAGAAGGAGAGGCAUGCUCAGGAGGUGCGCAGGAACAAGGAGUUGAGAGAAGAAGUGACAGCGUGAAAAGCCCCAGGUUCUACGUCCCACCUCCAAACCCGCCCCCAACACCACCACCCCCAAUCCUGAGGAACACCCCUCUCCCAACCUUGUCCCACAUAUUCCCACCUACUCCACCCCUCUGCCAUACCCCCCCCAUACAAAUUAUGAAACUACCACCGCCUGAGACGCCAACCCGAGACAGUGGGAAGUUGAAAUGGGGUUCGGGAUAAAAAAAAAAGCGUAAAGAAUUUCGGAAAAACAAGAAAAAUGUGUGUCUCCAACCCACUCUUCCCAAAGAGAAUGUUUUUGCUCCAUUUUCAAAUGAGAAAAAAAAAAAUCUAAUUGACAAGUGACAGUGGGUAUUGGUUUUUGUAAAUACUUCUUUUUUUGUUAUAUACAGUAAGAUACAAGCAGCAAAAGUAUUGAUUGCAGUGUGCCAUUUUUUCUAUAUAAGUUUCCUCUCCCUGCUUAUAUAUGGAUGUAAUAAUUUGUUCAUUGACAUGUUGGGUUUUUUUCUUCAUUUCAGCCUGAAAAUCAUUUCAGGCGUAGGUGUUUGUUGUGAGUUUGCCAGCUAGCGGAUGUUUACUGCGACUGGUUGCGUCCUCACAAGGCCCGCAUACUGGCUCCGUUUCCUCGUCCCUCUAAAUGGGCACUUACUCAUUUGACCCUGCAGAUUUGGAAACAAAAUUGGAUCUGUUUGGUCCGAGUGAUUUUCCAUCAAGUUUAAGCCAAUGUCCCAAAUUAGUGAGGGGACAUGUGCAGGGAAAGUUGGCAGAAGGAAAGGAGACAGUUUGCUCUCCAUGGGGACUGCAAGCCGUCGCUGCUCAUCCACUCCUGUGAGGUAGAUGGUGAUGUACCACAGGAGAACACUAUAGCAUUUAAUGAGCCCAUCCUCAUCCUCCUUCCCUCUGUCUGCAACCUCUUCAUCUCUCCACAUACAGUACACACUGUAGAAGCACUCACUCACACGCUCUCCACAUGGGCAGGCAUUUAGCCAAUCAUAGCACAGAGCUCAAGAGGAGCUUGCUAAAUUCUGUCCAUCUGGCACCGGAAAGCUCACGUAACAUCCCUGACCAAUGGCGGGCCUCUUAUGUUCCUCAGAAAACAAGCUUGCAUUCACAUUUCAAUCACUUGUUACUGUACUAUACAACACAACUGAGGAUAAAGUGCACUCAAAGACAGCCGGAGUGCAAAAAAAACCUUCACCAGACUGUGAAUCUUAAAUCGGAGAAAUUACAAAUAAAUUCCACCUUUCUCCCUUUCAUAGAGGCUAGAGUAGUGCCAACAUCAUCCACGCCUACUGGAAUCAUUGCAUAUCACUCCAAGACACUGUAAACGCCACCGAAAGGUCGGCACAAGAAAGAUAUAAAAGCCAUAACAGGUAUAGCUGCAACUAUGAUAAAUGAACACAGUAUUGCCAUCUGUAAAGGUGUACAUGAGUGUAUUACUAAGUAUUGGAAUGACGGUCACACACGCACGGUAGGCCCAUAGAUGUGUGUGAGUGUGUGUGUAAUGCAGAAAGGGCGGGUGGAUAACCGAUUGUUUGUGCCAUGUGAUAAUGACCCGGUGAAGGAUAAACCAACACCGUAACAGUGUGUAACAACAACAACAACAACAACAACAUCACAGACAGAGACUAUCCUACCUGCCUCUCUCUCUCUCUCUUUCUCUCCUCUGUCCAUUUGUGUGUUUCCCCCCUCUCCACGUAUAUCUUUGUGAGCAAGCAGUGGUUAAUAAAGAUUUGGGGUUCAGUGAAUGAAA